AGUUAAAGCCUGCCUUUCUCGACGUGCUGUGUCAGAACCUGUGCAGCAAACGUGACGCUAUAGUGCCUAACCCGGAAAUUACCGACAGCUGUGUGAAAAGAAGCUAACGCAUCUUUCAUCUUUCAUGACAGUGGCUACCGUGCGUUCAUUUCACAACCUGCAGCGUCUCUCGAUCUUUUAAGGCACUGACCCCACAAGGCUAUUGAGACCACGGCCAUCUGCCAGGCUGGACCUUGGACCCCUGAGAUCUGACGCCCCCUACUGCUUUCGAGACCUGGAAGAGAGGAAACAUUAGUAAAAGGUUUCAGGUGUGCCGGGAUGGGGAAUCUAAUUAAGGUGCUGACGAGGGAUAUAGACAACAAUGCUGGGAAUUUCUUCUUGGAUUUUGAAAACGCCCAGCCCUCUGAGCCGGAGAGGGAGCUCUGGGAGCAGGUGAGCGUGGUCCUGAAGGACGGCCGGGAAAUACUCGACGACCUGCAGUCCUACGAUGGAGCGGGGGAGGUGAUACGAGAGGCCAUCCAGCACCCCAGCAAUGAGGGCCUGCAGGAGAAGUCCUGGGGGGCCGUGGUGCCGCUGGUGGGGAUGCUCAAGAAGUUCUACGAGUUCUCCAUGAGGCUAGAGGCGACGCUGCGUGACCUCCUGGCGGUGCUGACCAGCACGCGCUACACCCCCACGCAGCACCUGGAGCGCGAGCAGGCCCUCGCCAAGCAGUUCGCCGAGAUCCUGCACUUCACGCUGCGCUUCGACGAGCUGAAGAUGACCAACCCCGCCAUCCAGAACGACUUCAGCUACUACCGCCGAACUCUGAGCCGAAUGAGGAUCAAGAACGUUCCGGCAGUCGGAGAAAACGAAGUUAACAACGAGCUGGCCAAUCGGAUGUCUCUGUUCUACGCUGAGGCCACGCCCAUGUUGAAAACAUUGAGCGACGCCACAUUAAAGUUUGUCUCGGAGAACAAGGAUUUACCACUAGAGAACACAACAGACUGCUUAAGCACAAUGGCAAGUGUGUGUAAAGUCAUGUUGGAAACACCGGAGUACCGCAGCCGCUUCGCCAGCGAGGAGACCGCGUCCUUCUGCCUGCGCGUGAUGGUGGGCGUCAUCAUCCUGUACGACUACGUCAACCCCGCCGGGGCCUUCGUCAAGUCCUCCAAAAUCGACAUGAAAGGAUGCAUCAAGGUUCUCCGAGACCAGCCCCCCAACAGCGUAGAAGGCCUUCUCAAUGCUCUCAGGUACACAACGAAACAUCUGAACGAUGAGACUACCUCCAAGCAAAUUAAGUCCAUGUUGCAAUAGCACCCACCCCGAGAGGUGUACUUAAAUUACAAUGAUGUACAGACUGUUUUUUUUUUUUUUUAAAAAAGCAAUUUUUCAGAAAAUCUGUAAAGUGGCUUGCUCUUUCGCCCCACUUUUUAAAUUUUUUUAUUUUUUAUUUUUUACAAAAUGUUCUUGCUGUAACAUUGAGCACAUUAAGUCUUUUCUGUGCCAAAAUUGUACUCGAUAGAACAAGCUGAAUAGCUGAAAGGCCAUGUGUCAGUAUGGUAGCUACUGUUCUACAUGUCAGAGUGAGAGUAAUAUUAGACUUGAACAUUUGGAAAUAUUAAAUGUAUAAUAUUAUCUUUGGUUAGCUCUAAUAUUCUCAUUUCUUCACUUUUUCCUCUGCUUGACUUGUGUGUGAAGUCCAUAAAAAAAAUUUAAGUUAUGUUUUUUUUAUACAAAAAGGUACCUACAAGUAGGGUGAUGGAGAUUGUUUGAGAUUUAAAAGAAAAAUCUUUUUAUAAGCUUUGAUUUUUAUGUUUUUUUUUUGUACGAGCUGUAAUUUUUAUUUUUCAUUUGAGAACUAAUUCUGAACUGUGAUGAGCAGAGACAAGGGACUCAGAGGUGACUGCGUGUAUGCGCUGUGGAUGCUGGGAUUGCACGUGUAUGCACAGUGGAUGCUGUCACUGCGCGUCUAUCCGCAGCUGAUUCCUGUGACUGCAUGUAUGCGCAGUGGAUGGCUGUGACUGUAUGUACGCGCAGUGGUCUCUGUGCGCAUAUAAGCAGUGGAUUCCUGUGACUGCACAUAUAUGCGCAGUGGAUGGCUGUGACUGCACGUAUAUGCGCAGUGGAUGGCUGUGACUGCGCAUAUAUGCGCAGUUGAUGGCUGUGACUGCGCAUAUAUGCGCAGUGGAUGGCUGUGACUGCACAUAUAUGCGCAGUGGAUGGCUAUGACUUCAUGUAUGUGCAGUGGAUGGCUGUGUCUGCGCAUGUAUGCUCAGUGGAUGGCUGUGUCUGCGCGUGUAUGCGCAGUGGAUGGCUGUGACUGCGCGUGUAUGUGCAGUGGGUGGCUGUCGACAGAAAGAAAAUAAAGCUUUUUAUCUAAACUC